UUUUGAGGUUGCCCCGGAUAAGUUCGCCCGGGCAGGGGAUUCAUUUUUGACCGAGGCGGGGGCGGGUGCGUGAUCCCCUUUCGCUCACCUCUCUCGAGUGUCUGUUCGUGUUUUCUUUUCUUUUCUUCUUUUUUUUUUUCCUUUUUCACCGGUUUCGACUGGCUCAAAAUCCUGCGCCUCCCUGGACGAGGGAAUAUAAAGAAAUCAACGAGCGACCGUAGACCGGCUCUCGGGCUGUCGUCUGCUGCAAAAUGUCAGGAGAUGCACAGCCAAGGAAAAGGAGAGACAAACGAAGGAAAAAAGGACAUUUGGACCAACGACGUACCGAAGAAUAUGCUGAGGAAAGGGAGAUCAUAAGGAAAUUGAGCUGUGCUGAAGAGCCAGAUGAAGAAGAGAUUUUUGCAAAAUAUACACACCCUACUGAUGAAAUAGUUCAUGUACAUAAAGAUGACGGAGUUGGAGGCAAUGUCUUUACCAAGUUGAUAUUUUUCUUGCUAUUAGCAGGAAUAGGUGUUGUAGUUGGGCUGACGCUGAUAGAAUAUCGAGGAACCACUGAUGAAGAAGCUGGUUUGGUAAAAGAUACACAAUGGGUAGCAACAGUUCAAGAAUGGGUCUCCAUGGUACCAUUUUAUGGCGAAACAGAACAAGAAAGUCAUGCUUCCGAUGAACAUGAAGAACUAGAUGAACAUGACCAAGACGAUCAUGAUCACAAUGAACAUGAUCAAGACAAUCAUGAUCACAAUGAACAUGAUCUAGAUGAUCAUGGCCAUGAUGAUCAUGAUCAAGAUGAGGGGGAGAAGUCAAGUUGGUUUAGUCUCGAUUUUAGUAGCUUCGGUUGGGAAAAUAAAGAGACAGAGAGUUCUGAUGUGGAUGAAACUCCAUCAAGCUGGUUUAGUUGGGAUUUCAACUUAUUAGGUAGUUCUGAGAAAGAAGAAGGUGUCGAGAAACAGGCUUCUGGUGAAGAUGAUAACGAACUAGAAGAACAAGUGUCAGAAGAACUUGAAGAAGAGGAAGAAGAAGACAAUCUUUCUCAUGAUCAAGAAGUAGAGGAAGAAGAAGAGGAGGAGGAGGAUGGUGAGAAUGAUGAUCAGGAUGAGGAAGAGGAAUAUGAUAAAGAUGAUGAUCAAAUUGUUUCACAAGAAGAAGAUGAACAAGAAGGGCUUGAAAAUUUCUCUGAGAACCAGGAAGAAGAAGAGGAGGAAGAAGAAGAACAGGACCUACCAUUAGAAGAGGAAGAAAAUGUUUCUCAAGAAUAUGAGAAAGAAUUGUCUCAAGAGGAAGAUAAUGAAGAAGAAGAAGAGGUAGAACAAAGCGAGGAGCAAGAAACUUCCAGGACCUUCCUAGCAAAAAGUUUAAACAAAAUGGAAGACAAUCAAGAUGUUAGUGAGGAAGAAUUAUUUCCAGAGGCAAUUGAGGCUCUUAGAAGAGAAGCUUCAGAACUUUUAGAACAACAAGCAAAAUCUGAUAAAGAAGAGGUAGAGAAUGAUGAUGAAGAAGAUGAAAACAGAGAAGAUGAAGAAACAGAAGGAAUGGCUGUAAAAUUUGGAGUGGGUGUGGCUCUUAUUGUUGUCGCCCAUGUAGUUCUUGUUAAGAAAUGGAACAGUUGGGAAGAAGGGCAUCUCACAACUGAAAUGCCACAGAUGGUGGCAAGUCCACCAUCUCCUCCUGUUGAAGAACCUCCACCAUAUUCACCUCCAGUUGAGACACCGGCUACAGCUUUCAGUGAGCCUUCAUAUUUUGCAGAAUCUCUCACUCCAGAACCUAAAUUGCACCCAGAGGAGGAGGAAGAAUAUGAGGAAGAAGGCGAAGAAGAGGAAGAAGAAGAGAUGAGCGAAGACGAAGCGCCAAUCAAUCCAGACGUGUAUGAAAAGAUCAUCGCUAAGUAUGGCCAGCCAUCCCCCGAGAGCAGUGAUGUAGAGCAGUCUGACGAUGGUGACGGCCAAGAGUAUUCAGAUGGAGGAGAUGCUGAAAGUGUUGGCGAAGAGGAAAGUGGAAAUGAAGUAGAGGAAACUGAUCCAGAAGAUGAAGAGGAUGAAAAGCCAACAACAUUGAAAACUUCGGGAAAAGUAGAAGAAGAAUCUGAGGGAGAAUACGAAGAAGAAUCAGACGAUGAAGUAGUGCAAACUCCUGCUCCGAAACUUCAACCAACGCGUGGAGGAGGACCCAGGGCAACUGAAGAAGAGGUGUAUGUUAAUUCUGAUAUUACAAAUGAGGAGGAUUGGAAUGUAAGGCAGGAGCUGGACAUGGCAGAUGAGGAAUUUAACUUAGAACAUUUGGAUAAAGCAUUUGCGAUAUACGAGAGCGUGCUAAGAACUAGGCCUAAUUCCCCUCGUGCACUUCAUGGAAAAGCUCAAAUUCUCGAUAAACAAGCAGAAAUGAAACGGAGCAAUGCAAUACUACAGGAAGCCAUCCAAACUUAUUUAAUGGUUGUCAAUCAACCAAAAGUUCCUCCGACCCUUUUAAAAUUGGCAGCAUUAAGGUGUAUCAAUAGAAUAAGAUUUAGAGGACAAUACAUGCAAUCAAUUCCACUGCACAAAACUUUAAUAAGCACGUUUAAAAAUGAACCCGAUUAUCGAAACGACAUGGGCAUCACCUACCUUAUGGUAAACAGACUUCAGGAAGCUGGUGAUGUUUUCAAAUCAGUCCUUGCGAUAUGGCCUAAGGAUGCCAUGGCGAGAUCACAUUAUGGCCUUGUUCUUAAAUUGCAAGGAAAAAUGAAAGAAUCUAUUCCUCAUUUGAAAGAAGGCCUUUUGGCCGACAUUCCUGCUACUAGAGAUGCUAGGCUUUACUUUCAUCUUGGGGAUGCGCUGGCUCGAACAGGACAAUCAUCAGAGGCGAUGGAGGUGUACUCCAGAGGAGUUGAAAAGGGCAUGUUCAGGUCCAAAUACCAGCGAUCGCUCUACAACAUCGACAAUUUGACAGCAAGGCCUUGGUGGACUCACGAACAGACCACUUACCAGAAUUUCUUCAAAAAACUUGAAUCCAAUUGGAAGAUUAUUCUUAAUGAAGGUUUGGCCGCCCUCAAAUCAAGAGGCGCGUUUAAAAAUGAGGCUGAGAAUUUAAAAGAUGCUGGAGACUGGAAGCAAUUUGAACUGUUUGCAAGAGGUGUUAAAUACAAAGAAAACUGUCUAAAGACGCCAAAGACAUGUUCGAUAAUUGAGGAAUUUGAGCCAGCCAGGAGUUGCAAAAGGGGCCAGAGCAAGUUCAGCGUCAUGGAAGCCGGGACGCACGUCUGGGCCCACUGCGGUCCCACCAACUGCCGAUUAAGGGCUCACCUUGGUCUUAUCGUCCCCAAGAAUACUUUCAUUAGAGUCGCCGAUGAGAUAAAAAGCUGGGAGGAGGGUAAGGUAUUCAUUUUUGAUGACAGUUUCGAGCAUGAGGUGUGGCACAACGGUACUUCACAUCGAUUGGUACUUAUUGUCGAUGUCUGGCAUCCCGAAUUGACCAGGCAGCAAAGGUUGACACUCUCACCUAUUUAAUAAUGAGGAAUUUAGAAAUAAAACUCAUAUAUCAUUAAAGUGCUAAUUCCGGC